AGUAGGAGCAGCACAGUGUGGCUACAAUACAGAACUGCAUCAAAUAGCAAUACCAUUCACAGAGAGAGGCUCUUUCUCAGAAGUCUUACUUGGGGGAUGCUGUUAAGAUGACUUUUAUGAAGCAUAUACGGCUGUGUUUUGGAUGGCUGGCUGUUGCGAUCAUGGUUCAUAAUGAAGUCGAGGCCUGGACGUUUCAUUACCGGAACGACAGCAAUAUGGACUGGGAGACAGCUCGCCGGUGGUGCCAGCAGAAUUACACAGACAUGGUGGCCAUCCAGAACAAGGAGGAGAUCACCUACCUGAACAACACGCUGCCCCACCACAAGCAAUACUACUGGAUCGGCCUCAGGAAGGUGGAGGGACAGUGGACCUGGGUGGGGACCAAGAAGCCCCUGACUGAGGCACACUGGGCAGACGCAGAGCCCAAUAAUAAGCAAAGUAAUGAGGACUGCGUGGAGAUUUACAUCAAGAGGGAUAAGGACGCAGCCAUGUGGAACGACGAGAAGUGCAGCAGCCUGAGCGCUCCUCUCUGUUAUAAAGUGUCCUGUUUAAAUACAUCCUGCAGUGAACAUGCCGAGUGUGUGGAAGCCAUCAACAACUACACAUGCAAGUGUGAGCCGGGCUUCUCUGGUCCCCGCUGUGAGAAAGCUGUACAAUGUUCUCCAAUUUCUGGGAACUCCAGUGGGUUGAGUAUGAAGUGCAGCCACCCCAUCUCCACAAACAGCUACAACUCCACCUGCACAUUCAGCUGUGAGGAGGGCUUUGAGCUGAGAGGCCCAUACACAACCAAGUGUGAUCACACUGGACAGUGGACACACAAGACCCCCACCUGCAAAGAACAGGAAAAGGAUGUAGGAACCCCAGCAGCAGGACAUCUUGUGGCCAUCAACAACUACACAUGCAAGUGUGAGCCGGGCUUCUCUGGUCCCCGCUGUGAGAAAGCUGUACAAUGUUCGCCAAUCUCUGGGAACUCCAGUGGGUUGAGUAUGAAGUGCAGCCACCCCAUCUCCACAAACAGCUACAACUCCACCUGCACAUUCAGCUGUGAGGAGGGCUUUGAGCUGAGAGGCCCAUACACAACCAAGUGUGAUCACACUGGACAGUGGACACACAAGACCCCCACCUGUACAGCUGUACAAUGUUCGCCAAUCUCUGGGAACUCCAGUGGGUUGAGUAUGAAGUGCAGCCACCCCAUCUCCACAAACAGCUACAACUCCACCUGCACAUUCAGCUGUGAGGAGGGCUUUGAGCUGAGAGGCCCAUACACAACCAAGUGUGAUCACACUGGACAGUGGACACACAAGACCCCCACCUGUACAGCUGCUCCAUGUAAGACACCCUCUGUGCUUGGUGAAGGAAAAAUUACCUGCUUUAAAGGCAACAACACUUUCUGCACAGUGGAGUGCUCCCCUGGUCACCUGCUGCUGGGAACUUGGAAAUACACCUGCCAGCAUGACGGCUUAUGGAGUGACUUCCGACCACUGUGUAUAAGGUGCGACCAUUUGUUACUGGCUUCAACGGUGUGCUGUGUUCUUUCAACAACCUGCUACUGCAUACUCUGCUGUUCGCUUUGCAGAAAGAGAAAAAAGACCGUCAGAAGAGCUCAGGAGGCAGUAAAGAAUGCAGCAUAUCAAGCAGGAGAUGCAGAGCUGGAAGAUCCAUUAGGCAGUGUGUGAUGCUCAAGUGACCACUUUCAUUCCACUCUUUAGACCUGCUAUUUUACAGAAAGGAUUUUUUAAGAGUCUGAUGUAGAAGCGUCAGUCCAUAAAGUCCAUAUAUGGAAAGUUGCAAACGAUGAUUUUUGAAAAAUCUUUUUUGCAAAAAAAACUUUAUGAAACAAUCAUGGGCAGCUCAACACUGCCCUUGAAUGACAUCAAAUAAAUGACCAUCAUAUUA